UAUACUCUCAUCUGUCUCAACCUGGAUACUCCGUAGUCUUUUCAUUGUUCUGCACUCUUUAUCCCUAGCUUAGUACCACGCUGCACUCAGAGGAUCCAGUAGCUCUCCUAGUCAUACGAAAAACAAGAAUCCUGGAAUCAGAGAGCAGCAGCGAGUGAUGGAUCACCAAUAUGACAACAUGCACACUAAUGAUUACAUGCAGCCAGAAGACGACUGGGACAGAGACCUUUUGCUUGAUCCAGCGUGGGAGAAACAGCAGAGAAAGACCUUCACAGCUUGGUGUAACUCUCAUCUUCGAAAAGCUGGAACACAGAUUGAAAACAUAGAUGAAGACUUCAGAGAUGGCCUUAAACUUAUGUUACUACUUGAAGUCAUCUCAGGUGAGCGUCUGCCCAAACCAGAGAGAGGAAAGAUGCGCGUGCAUAAAAUUGCUAAUGUCAACAAAGCUCUGAACUUUAUAACCAGUAAAGGGGUGAAGUUGGUUUCCAUUGGUGCUGAAGAAAUUGUUGAUGGCAAUGCUAAAAUGACACUUGGAAUGAUUUGGACCAUAAUUCUGCGCUUUGCUAUUCAAGACAUUUCAGUUGAAGAAACGUCUGCCAAGGAGGGCUUAUUGUUGUGGUGUCAGAGGAAGACUGCACCAUAUAAGAAUGUGAACAUCCAGAACUUCCAUAUCAGCUGGAAGGAUGGGCUUGGCUUCUGCGCUCUUAUCCAUAGGCAUCGUCCAGAACUUAUUGACUAUGGAAAGCUACGAAAGGAUGACCCCUUCACAAAUCUCAAUACAGCUUUUGAUGUUGCAGAACGAUUCCUUGACAUUCCCAGAAUGCUAGAUGCAGAAGACAUUGUUGGGACUGCCCGCCCUGAUGAAAAAGCCAUUAUGACCUAUGUUUCUAGCUUCUACCAUGCUUUUUCAGGAGCUCAGAAGGCUGAAACGGCUGCAAAUCGAAUCUGCAAAGUGCUUGCAGUGAACCAGGAGAAUGAACAACUUAUGGAAGAUUAUGAAAAACUAGCAAGCGAUCUGCUUGAAUGGAUCCGACGCACUAUCCCUUGGCUGGAAAACAGAGCUCCUGAGAACACCAUGCAAGCCAUGCAACAAAAACUGGAGGAUUUCAGAGAUUAUCGACGUCUGCAUAAACCUCCGAAGGUUCAAGAGAAAUGUCAACUAGAAAUCAACUUCAACACUCUCCAGACCAAACUAAGGCUCAGCAAUCGCCCAGCAUUUAUGCCCUCAGAGGGAAAGAUGGUUUCAGAUAUAAAUCGUGCAUGGGGAGGUUUGGAGCAUGCUGAGAAGGGAUAUGAAGAGUGGCUGUUAAAUGAGAUACGGAGGUUGGAAAGACUUGACCACUUGGCUGAAAAAUUCAGGCAAAAAGCUUCAAUCCAUGAAGCUUGGACUGAUGGUAAAGAAAACUUGCUGCAGCAGAAAGACUAUGAAACUGCUUCUCUCUCUGAUAUCAAAGCUCUCCUCAAGAAACACGAAGCCUUCGAGAGUGACCUGGCCGCUCACCAGGAUCGUGUGGAGCAGAUUGCUGCCAUAGCUCAGGAACUAAAUGAGCUGGAUUAUUAUGACUCUCCAAACGUGAAUGCCAGAUGCCAGAGAAUCUGUGACCAAUGGGACCAUCUUGGGGCACUAACCCAGAAGCGCAGGGAGGCGCUAGAAAGAACUGAGAAGCUACUAGAAACAAUUGAUCAGCUAUAUUUAGAGUACGCCAAGAGAGCUGCACCCUUCAACAACUGGAUGGAAGGAGCCAUGGAGGACCUACAGGACACUUUCAUUGUUCACACCAUCGAAGAGGUCCAGGGGUUAACAACAGCACAUGAACAGUUUAAAGCAACAUUGCCAGAGGCGGACAAAGAACGACAAGCCAUUCUUGGAAUUCAUAAUGAGGUGUCCAAAAUUGCGCAGACUUACCAUGUCAACAUGGCAGGAUCCAAUCCUUAUUCCACAAUCUCGCCACAAGAGAUCAACAAAAAGUGGGAUCAUGUCCGACAACUGGUGCCUCGCAGGGAUCAAGCACUGGUGGAUGAACAUGCACGACAGCAGCAGAAUGAACGACUACGGAAACAGUUUGCUUCUCAAGCCAAUGUUAUUGGACCUUGGAUACAAACUAAAAUGCAGGAAAUAGGUCGUAUCUCCAUAGAGAUGCAUGGGACCCUGGAGGAUCAGCUUAACCAUCUGCGGCAAUAUGAGAAGAGCAUUGUUAACUACAAGCCAAAGAUUGACCAGUUAGAAAGUGAUCACCAGCAGAUUCAAGAGGCACUUAUCUUUGACAACAAGCACACUAAUUAUACCAUGGAACAUAUCCGGGUAGGCUGGGAACAGCUCCUUACCACAAUUGCUAGGACCAUCAAUGAGGUGGAGAACCAAAUACUCACACGGGAUGCAAAAGGCAUCAGCCAAGAACAGAUGAAUGAAUUCAGGAACUCUUUUAAUCACUUUGAUAGGGAGCACUCUGGGACACUUGGCCCUGACGAAUUCAAAGCCUGUCUGAUCAGCUUGGGUUACGAUAUUGGAAACGAUCCUCAGAAGAAGACAGGAAUGAUGGACAGCGAUGAUUUCCGAGCUUGUCUAAUCUCCAUGGGGUACAAUAUGGGAGAAGCAGAGUUUGCUCGUAUUAUGAAUGUUGUUGAUCCUAACCGGUUAGGAGUGGUUACAUUUCAAGCAUUCAUUGAUUUCAUGUCCCGGGAGACAGCAGACACUGACACUGCUGACCAAGUAAUGGCUUCCUUCAAGAUCCUUGCUGGGGAGAAGAAUUAUAUCACAGCUGAUGAAUUGCGCCGAGAGCUGCCGCCAGAUCAAGCAGCCUAUUGCAUUGCCAGAAUGGCGCCUUAUAUGGGACACGAUGCUGUGCCUGGAGCCUUAGAUUAUAUGUCAUUUUCAACUGCACUUUAUGGAGAAAGUGAUCUUUAACCCUUCAUGGCUGACACCACAGAGCUCCUUUUGCAAUUUCAUGUAUGCAAUGUGUUUUUAGCAUUCACCUUUGUAUGUAUUUGUUCACCAGCUGAUAAAUCACUCCCAUGCCCUUACUGAGAAUGUUUACCUUUUCAGUACUUACAGGAUAUAAAUAAAUAUUCAUCUUCAUUAGUCUUCAAAAGAACAGUUUACUUUUUUGUAUGAGACCUUUUACAUUGGCAUAUUUUAUUAUGAGGAAAAAAAAAAAAGUUUUAAAGUAUUUUUUCUGUCAAACCAAAACUUAAAUGAAUGCAUUCUGUUCUAUUUAACUGAUUUUUUUCCCCAUGUAUGGGAUGUUUUAUUUUUAUACCAGUUUCAAACGUAGUGAAAGAAAAAAAAAAUCUCUUCCUUAAUGUCUGACUUUGAAAGUAAUCUUUUGAUAAACCGCUUACGCACCAACAAAACAUUUUGAUAACUAGUUUUGAAAAAGGUAAAAUGUCUAAUUACUUCUUAGUCCAACUUUCUACCUUGUGCCAGUUUAUUAUACUGUAGAUAUUAUUUUUAUCUAAAAAUAUAUUUAACCAUUUUUAAAGCUAUCUAUUGCAUUUUUGGUCAAUUGCCUUGCUUAAUAGUGAGUUCCACAACUUGACCUCCGUUAAUGUGAAGGACCCUUUUAUUUGUUGAAGGUAAAUUCUCCUUCCUAUAAACCUUAUUGUAUUACCUCUUGUCAACUGUAAUUUCCUUGGUAUGAAAAGAUCUCAUCUAUAUUAUGCCUGAAUAUAUUUAUAUAAUGUAAUCCUACUUUUUUCUCAAGCACUUUUUGUCUUAAUAAUAAAAAAAAAACUAUACCUAAUUUAGUUAGCAUCCACUGAUAGCUUAAAUAAUUGAAUUCUAUAUUAUUUUAGUUUCCCUUAUAGGAACACUUAUUUUAUUUUUUCAAUAUUUUAUUUUUGAAAAAGGGUGCCCGUAACUUGUGAACAUGAACUCUAAAAUAACUUGCUCCUUUUGUAUCACAAACCAUAUUAAAGAUUUUUUUUUUCUUUACAA